UACCGCGUAACAGCUAAGGUGUCCACAGUGCCACAUUAUGUCUUUUUCAUAAAAUUAUCUAUUACAUAUUAUCAUUUAUCAGAGUUGUGAAAAACAAAUUUGUAAAUACAUGUAAUUUUUCAUUUUUUAAUCAUUUAUUUCUUCGGUAUUUAUACAAAACACUUUUUUUUCUUAUUUAGAAACCUGUCUACAUUGUUUGUUUAAACCAGAUCGCAUUGUAUAGUAAUAUCCUGUAUCGUAAUAUAAUAUUCAAUUGUCGUUAUAACUGACCGUUUUUUAAGUACCUACCUAGUUGAUGGUUCUAUUCAAAAUUCAAUGGUUGAAGGUACUAGCUCAAGCGCUUCUAGCUGGUAGCUGUGUGGUAUCUUUCAUAUUAGGCUUUUAUCCUUGUAGUUUAUGAAUUCUGUCACUAUUGUCAUUUAGAUAUCAUUAAUAAUAAAAAUUACCUAAUCAUGUUUUUUAGUACUGCUUACUUAUGCGAUCUCGUGGUGUUAAUGUGUUAUCAUAACUAAUUUAAAAUAUCGCUUCUUGAGUUUUAAUUUAAUUUGUAAAAUGCAAAAAUAUAAGGAAAAAGUUUCAAAGAAAAAUUGAAAACUGAGCAUGACCGUUCGGGAAACUUAUAACUCAUAAACAUGUGGACUUUGUACAGCGCUCAGUUCGAGUAGAGUGGACCUGUUGACAACAUUUCAGUUGGUUAAACGACUCGGCACAAUAUAGUGCAUUAAGAAUUAUAUAUUCAUUGUUUCCAAUGACCAUGGUUUUCGUUCUCAAUUUACAUAUACUCAUUUGGAUUACUGUAUGCGGUACAAUAAUUUGUGGCGGCCACCUAAAAAGGAGUGUACCGUCCAAUUCUACGUCAUUUCAGAUUUACCCCAAUCAUACGUAUACCGUAUACAAAAGUUCUGGCAAGUACGCUCGAAUCGCCGAACCUUUAAAGGACAUCAAUUUGGCACAUAAUUUUAGAUUAUCAAAAAAUGUGUAUGCUAUGGUUUUUGGUAUAACCCCAAAAGGAGGAAUAAUAUAUGUACAAGAUAAGGACCGACUGAAAGAAAUAAACCAAACGGAAAUCACACUUAUUAUUUCCUAUGGUAACGGUCAUAGAGCUAAGGUGUUGUUGCAUUUAAUCGAUUCCCCUAAUGAACAAUGUUUGGAUACAUAUUCACACUGCUCCGACAUUAAAAUGGACACAGAGGCUAUUUGCACAUCGUCGUGCGGAUUAGGAUCCAUUUUCAAAUGUCAAUGGCGAGAAUCGCCAAAACCAGAUUUAUUUACUACGAAUUAUUCGACAUGUACGCCGGACAUAAACACCUGUCCAGACGGUAAUUGUGAUCAACUAGAGUCAAUAGAUUCGCUAAUAUGUCCUCAAGAUUGCACUGAAGAAGUAUUUGGUACGGGACAAGAAGGUAAUAAAGGAAUAGCAGCUGCAAAGGGAGUCUGUACAUGCGAUGAAAUUGGCAAGUGUACAUGUGAAACAAAACCCAAGGCAGUGAAAAAAAAAGAAAAGACAUUUCUAAAAGAAUACUCCUCAUUAUCACCAGUAAUAAACACAUGCGAUAAUAAAUGGUGCGAUAGCAGUGUCAUCAUUAGCGCGAUUAUUUUAAUUGCAUUUGUAACCAGUGGACUUCUUUUGUAUUGUUUUAGAUAUAAAAUUUCCCGUUGCAGCGUUUUUAAUACCAACAAGUUAAACAGAAAUACGAGAGCUUUGGAAGGAUUAUUACCAAAUCGAGGUCAUAGCGAUUAUCAACCUAAUUCGAUUAACAGAGAUACUUCAUUUAUAAACACUGAAUUUGACCCAAAAUGGGAAUUUCCAAGGAGUAGGCUUGUGGUAGAACAAAUAAUUGGCGAAGGUGAAUUCGGUAAAGUUCUAAGAGCCCAAGCCAUAGACAUAGCUGCGGCCAAAGGGAUGACGACGGUGGCAGUAAAGACUGUUAAAAGCGGAUCAGACAAAAUUGAAAAAGAUGAUUUGUUGUCUGAGUACAACUUGUUAAAAGAAGUAAACCAUCCAAACGUCGUGAAAUUACUAGGCGCUUGUACUACGCCCGACGGACCAUUUUACUUAAUAAUUGAAUAUGCUAAACAUGGUUCAUUAAGGGCAUACCUUCGAAAAAUCCGAAUCAUAGACAACAACAGUUCGGGCAGUAUUGUAUCAAAUCCAGAGGAAUUGCUGCGAAAUGAAAUGAGACCGUCUGUAACAUUACCACUCUACCCAAUUAAUCCUAGAGAUAUAUUGAAAUUUGCAUGGCAAAUUUCUAAAGGAAUGGCCUAUUUGACUGAAAUUAAACUGGUUCAUAGGGAUUUGGCUGCUAGAAACGUGCUAGUAGCUGAAGGAAAGGUGUGCAAGAUAUCAGAUUUUGGUUUAACUAGAGAUGUAUAUGAAGAUAACGCGUACUUAAAGAAAACUAAAGGAAGAGUUCCUGUAAAAUGGAUGGCGCCUGAAUCAUUAGCGGACCAUAUAUAUACUAGUAGAUCAGAUGUAUGGAGCUUUGGAAUAUUACUGUGGGAAUUAGUUACCUUAGGAUCAGUUCCCUAUCCAGGAAUAAUCGCUCAAGAUUUAUUUCAAUUGUUGAAAGAUGGAUAUAGAAUGGACAAGCCAAGCAAUUGUUCAGAUGAACUUUAUGAUAUUAUGUUGAAUUGUUGGGCAGAAGAUCAGAAUAGAAGACCUAGUUUUAAAUCCUUAACGUUAACUCUAGAAAAAAUGCUAGAAAAAGGAAAUGAUUACUUACAAUUAGACUUCAAAACAUUUGUCAGCAAUAUGUGUUACUUUAUGGAUGAUGAGGAGCCCCAAAACAAAAAUAAGGAAGACGAAGAAGAAGAACAAAAAUACGAAUCACCAAAACAAAUAACCGAAAUUGGAAUGUCAUAUAUAACAAUGAAAGAUUUUGUUUUUGAACCAGAACUUCAAACACAUAUUGCAUGAAGAAUUGUAUACGUGUGUGAUUGUUGCCAAAUAGACUCUUUCAAGCAUUUAUUAGAACCUAGUCAAACUUGCAUUAAUGUUUACAUUGACAUUACUGUAUUGAACACAAAUUAUUAUUAGUCAAAUCUUAUUUUCCUAUACUUUUUUUCCUCGAACAUUGUUUUUAAUCAUACAAUUUAAA